AUGUCAACACUCGAACUCAAAAACACAGGCAAGUAUUUUACAAGACAUCAAUCCCAUUGGGUCGUCCUUAUACGUCACAGAUGUAAGAACAUGGAGGCGAUAUUUCAUGAAAAGGUAAAAUACAACAAAAUAUUCAGUGUUCGACUGGUAAACGAUUUAAGUAGCGUAUUUGUUCUAGCCAAUAUAACGCAGCAAGAAGGAUCAUUAUGUGCGCAGCACUGUUUGAAUGCCUUGCUGCAGGGACCAUAUUUCACUGCCGUUGAUUUAGCAACUAUUGCACAGCGAAUGGAUUAUGAAGAGCGUUUAAGAAUGUCUGAAUCUGGUGUCGACAGCGAAGAGUACAGAAGAUUUUUGGAGCAACCUUCUGGAAAUUAUGAUGACAGUGGGUAUUUCUCAGUUCAAGUAAUAAGCAGUGCUCUUGAAGUUUGGGGUCUGGAACUUGUACCAUACAACAGCACAGAUGAACGAGCUUUGGAAGCCCAGAGAUGCCCAGGUGAAAUGAAUGCAUUCAUUUGCAACUAUCGUGACCACUGGUUUACAAUUCGCCGAUUGGGCCAGCAGUGGUUCAAUUUGAACUCAUUACUUAGUGGACCUGAACUGAUUAGUGACACAUAUUUAGCCAUGUUCCUAGCACAGCUGCAGCAAGAAGGUUAUUCUAUUUUUGUUGUGUUUGGGGAUCUUCCCGAGUCAGAAGCUGACAAUUUGUUGCACCUUGCCCCUGCCGUACAGCACGAGAAGCCUCGCCUGCUUGCCACAAUUGUGCGCAAAGUUGUUCCUGUAAGUGCUCAAGAUUCUGAAGAGGACCAGGACCUACAGAGAGCUGUGAGGCUAAGUCUGACUGACAGUAAUCCACCAAGAGUGACACAUAUACCAAUAGAAAUUGAACGCAGUUCGAGUACUGACGAUACAGAGUUACAAGCAGCUCUCAGACUUAGUUUGCAAGAUGAGAGUUCAUCACUCGUCACCCCAGCUAAUGAGGAAGAAGGUGAUGCACAGUUUCAUAGAGCCUUGCAGUUAAGUCUUACCACAGACACAGCUGAUGGAGCACCACCAAUACCUCGCACUAUCAGCCAGGAUGAAGAACUGCAGCUUCAGAAAGCUCUUAGCCUUAGUCUUCAGACGAAGAUAAAUGACACUGAAGGUGAUGAUGAGCACGAGUUGCAGAGAGCUCUUCAAAUGAGUCUGGAAUGCUGUGACAGUAACGAAUGUCAGGCGGCAGAUGGUAUGGUGGAUCCAGAAGAAUUGAGGAGGAGAAGACUUGCAUACCUAGAGUCUGUUGAAAAUCAGUCUUCAAACUACACAAAUCGUGCCCCAAACCAGAACCAAUUGAAUACUUAAUAUUAUAGUUUUGCCUUCAGACUCUAGUCAUUUUUUGCACAAAUUUGUUUUAAAGAGGUUGUCAGUAUUUAGCUAACCAUAAAAUCUCUGAAGAUUUGAUACCAUUGCUAAUAAACCUGUGAUCUUUACAAGAGAAACUAAUUUGUAUGGAAGUUUUAGACUGAAUUUUGUACUAAAAUAAUAUGGUUUAAUAAGUAGUCAACUAAAAGUUGACAUAAGAAACAGGAUAAAUCCUGUACCUGCCUCUUAAAACUGUAUUGCCUUUUCAAAACUGUUUAUAGCAGGUCUAACCCAUGUGACAGUUGAUGUUAAUUCAUGUGAGAGCCAUUUUCAGUGUUGUGGUCAAUUGCAGCAUGUUUUCUGAAAAAUGUAGUUAGCUUCUCAACUUGUUUAUAUACCAGUUAGAGAUCCUUUGAUAUUUACUUAAUAUUAAAUUAUAACAAAGAGAAUGCCAUACUUCAGAAAAGUGAAUUUUUGAUUCACUGGAAAUUUCUAAAUUUGUAUUUGUUGAAAGAGAGAGUAAGUAGAAUUGUUUGAUAUUCUGGACAAAUGAGCUGUGGCCAACAAAAAAUAGAUAAGCAGUAUUAAUGUAGGAUAUGUUGUGUAUUUCCAUAUGUAGUUCUAACUUGUGCUGUUAAAAGAAAUGUACUGCACGUAACAUAUAGAAGUUUUAAAAAUGUGGUGCAUAUUACUAUUAUAACUUUUUAUCAAUUUUUUUUGUGACACUACAUGUGGAAACAAACUGCAGUUUGAAAUCUGAAAAAGGGGUAAGCAAGUGAGCCAGCCCAGUUUGGUCUACCAGCCUCUGUGUCACUAUAUUGCUGUCUGGUCGUUUAUUUUGUGGGAUGUGUGAGAUUAAGUAAUGUAAGGAGGCAGUCUAAUGAAAAUGAGAAAUAGAAAAAGUAAUUGCCAUUUAUCCCACUGAGAGACAAGACAGACUGCACCUUCAUGGAAAAAUGUUUGCAGUUGCCUGUGGAACCACCAUUGUGCACAGGCACGCACCUCUUUGCCAAAAGCAAAUCGACAGUCCGAAUGCAUUUCUACAGGGCCUCAGAAAUAUGGAAAUCACAUUGAGAGAGGUCUUUGUUGCCAGGAUUGUUUUGACUGUGCUGCGGAAGUUUCGCUGGGAAGCCCUUAAGACACACACACCUGGGUAUAAAUCAAGGUUCUGUUAGCAGCCACAAACAUCUUCCCAUAAUGGCAUUGAUCGUCAUGUCUCACAGUGAGAUAAAUGUAUUAACAGUUAUGACAACUACUUUUGAAAUAAUAAAUAAUUUAUUUACUUUUUUUCCCAACUAUCUCAUUUUGACUUGACUGCCCCAUACAAAGGGUGCUUGUACAAGAGUUUGUUGGUUGGGAAAGGGGAAGGGGGGACUAGACCUGGGAAUAUGGAAUAUUUUUAAUAUUUUGGAAGGUGAAUGACAGCUUUGCAAGUAAACACAAAAUAAGUUCCAGUUCUCACCCUGUUAAAUCAUUUUCUUGGAAGAAAGACACCUGACUUCACUAUAUUUUUUCCUUUCCUUGAGAGCUAGAGAGGGGUAUGCGGCCCCGAGUGUUUGACAACCUUGUCCACUAUAGUUACUGAAAUUAUUUGUUAAAAACAGUAGUACGUUGUAGAUAAGAGUGAAAACUGGACAACGAAUUAAGUAAAACUGAGAAAUUUACAUCUAGAGAAAAGUGUUAAGAAUCAAUUGUGCAAGACAUAUAUGAUACCAAAAUAUUAGAUACAAGAGGGGUGAAAGAAGUUAAUAAAAAUAUUUUAAAAAUGGGAUGAUGAUUAUAAGACAGAAUUGAUGUUUAAUACUGCUGAUAGACAUUUAUAGAAGUAGAUGUGAUGACAGUAUCUUAUCUUUUUAGUGUUGGAAGUACUAAAGAUGUCGCCUCCAGAAGGAAAAUAAUGGCCAACAUUUCUGUCUCAUAUUUAUUAGUUUUUUGAAUAGAAUUUUCCGUUGACAGGAUUACAUUUUAAGGCAGAAAGUUUAGCUAAGCAGUACAGAAGAACCAUUAAAAGUAAAAAUGCUUGUCAGAAGAUAAACGUAAAACACGUUAUGCACCUGUUGUAAAGGCCUGUUACAUAACAUCAAUUGUAUUUCAUGGAUCACAUGGUGAGUGAUCUCUAGAACAUGGAAAACGGUUAAUGCACCUUUCAUUUCUGUGCAGUAGAUGAAAUCACUUAGCAUUAUGGAAGAUUGUAACAUAAACAGUGCUAAUGUUAAUGAUUUUAUAACCCAGUGUGUUAAUUUUAAGAAUAUCUGUGAUGUGGAAGUAGGAUCCCAACAGAGAGAUGUUGUGCUAUGGUAGGUUAUUGGAUAUCUGUGUACCCAUGUUCAUCUCUGCCUUGGAUUAAUGCUAAGUACUUAGACUUUGUACUCAUUUGAUGUUCAUACUUUUCACUAUUUCUUGAGAAAUGGAAAGUAAUACUAAUGACAAUGGCCAAUAAUGAAGCUGUGUACUGUUGAACUGUUGUCAGACUACCAAAUGUUCUUGAAGAGGUCUCUGCGUGAUGUUCUACAACUUUGCCAGAUAUAAUUCUUAUUACACUCUUUUGUAUUCUGAAAGUAUUUCACUGGAAGUUGAGUUUUCCCAAAGAAGAUUCAACAUAUUAGUGACUUAAAACAGCAGAAUAAGCUAAGUUCUUCAUUUCUGUGUCACCUAGGUCAGUCAUCAGGCAUACUAUAAAUGCAGCCUCAUUAAUUCUAGGAUGUGGAUUUUCUAUAUGGUUGUGAUCUUUCUGUAGCCCCAAAUCUUAGCACUAUCCACUUCUUGUAUUUUCAUUGUUGGUGUAAGCUAUUUUUAUAGCUGGUGGAGUUUUAUGUGAAGUAUGUAUGAACUCCCACCAAAAUUUAGUGAUUAUUUGAAAUGGCUCAUGUGUUGAUGAUUUGAGAUAUUUAAAUGGGAUAUUACCUUUGUUAAACACUAUAAUAAUACCAACAUGGACAAAAAAAAUUAGUAUAAUGUAAACACUUGGAUUGCAUCUGAUUCAAGGUGAUAGCAGCAAAGCACCUGACUCUGUCACAAAGUCUAUGGUGCUCCAUUGUAAUUGUGCAAUGAAGAGCUAGCCUGGCUAGUUAUUCACACACUAUUUCCUUUCCUUUCUAUGCCAGAAAGCUGUGACUGCUGUUGUUCAGACAGCAGAUAGCAUAGUUACUAUUGCAGAAUUGAACCAUCUCUAUGGGCUUACAAGGAAAAUAUAUUGAGUCCAAAAAAAGUACUUUUGAGAUUAAUCAGUUUUGAAUUUUGAGUGUUUUUGACACAUGUAGAUUUGUGUUUAUUCUCUUUUUAUUAGGUAGUACAAGUAUUACUCUCCAGUGUGACAAGUAAACCAUCACCAAUGAGUUUCUAACAGUCAUAUUUAGAAUCAUUGCUUGCUCUGCCCUCCACAGUAGAUUUGGAAUCUUUGUCAGUUCAGUCAUUAGAUGUUAGUAGCUGUUGUACAAGCCAUGUUGCUCCCCGGGAACAAAACUGGCUCAACAUAGUUGUAGGAGGUCAUUCUUUUUUUGCCGUGCGUAUUGGCAAUGGGUUUGAGUAUGUGGGUGUAAGUUGCUUUGGACAAUAGGCGGCCAUCCCUUUCAGUGAAUUCAGAUUUGUUGGUAUUCACUAGAUUGCUUGUGCUUUUAUUGCAGCAGCCAAGGAACUUCCUUUGUGCACCUAGAAGAUUUCACUUUGAGCCAGUUCGUAUCACCUGUCUCAUUUUUUGCCACUAUAUUUGAUACCUCCUGAAGACUGGCAUCUGAAUGCUACAGUCCCUGAAUUUUCUAAUUGCAAAGCCUCUUUGAUUGGGCAAUUUAAAAUAUUGCCAGCCCUCUGAGUACUAUAGACAAGUACAGAACAGUUGGCAUUAUAAAUUGUGCUGUGCCUUGAAUCCACGUCUAUGUACGUGUGGCCACUUUCUAAAAACUUGUCUUCUACACUCUAAAGGUGUGUAAUUUGUACUACGUAUAGAAGAUCAGCUAAUAUUUGUUAUUUGCUGUUUUGACUCCCACAUUAUCAGAAAACAAUGAGACCUCUGUAACAUGUUCAGGGAGAGAUGAAAGACAAUUGAACAAACCAAUACCAAUUUCUAAACUAAGUUUUCAGCAUAGUGGUCUCUCACUGUCAGACUGUAUAUGCAAAACCAGCUGUAAGUCAAAAGUAGUAGACAUAAAACCAUGGUCCCUGACACAUUUUUCCUUGUCUACCGUUUUGGCUGCAAUGCAAUCUUUUCGUUACUGACAUGCAUGUUAUUGAUACUUCAGUAAUAUCUUCUCAUCGUAAGAGCAUGUUGAUGUUUGUGACACAAAAUAUACUGCUCUUUCUUUGGUUUAUAAAUUGACAUAUUGUAUUCGUAACCAAAAAUUCUUCUAUAUAUGAUUUGUGUAGCUGUGUGCUUACUGUACUUCACAUCUCUCCUUGUGCUAAUGGUAGAUUUUUUGUAAUAAGAAGUGUCCUAUCCAGGCAGAAAUGUUUUAUCGAUUUCCUUCAGUAAUGCAAUUCCACAACAGGAGAACUCUCACUGUCUCGCUUUACUCCUUCAAUCACUUCGGGCUUUUUUUUGGUUUGGCGGUGUGUUUUCCUACCAUAUCCUCACUCUCGAAAGUGCUAUGAUUAGAUUUGUGAUUGACUGCCACCAGAAUAACUUUGCUGCUGAUACAAAGUAAUUUCAGGAAAACUGCAUGGCAAACUCCAUACUUUUUCUUCUCUCUCCUGAAAGAAACGUUUUCUGGAAUCCUUACAAGACAUGAAAUUGUCCUUGCAAGGCUUUCUGCUUUUUGGAUAUGCUGCUGAUACCGCUGUGAAGUAUUCAUUUUGUAUUUGAGCAACUUCCAGUAGGUGGAACAUAUCUACUCUCAGCUUUAUUUGGGGGGGAUGCGUACACUUAAAUCUGUACAUCAUUUACAGCCUUGGUGAUUUUUACCUUACAAAACACUAAACACUGCCUGAACAGACCGUGAAGGCCCAAUGGUGCCGACAGGCCGCCAUGUCAUCGUCAGCCCACAGGCAUCACUGGAUGUGAAUAUGAAAGAGCAUGUGGUCAGCACAGUGCUCCCCUGGCCAUAUGUCAGUUUACAAGAUUGGACUUUCAACUUAUGCUGUGAAUUUUUCAUUUUGUGUGGUAAUCCUUUUCUUUUUCUUCUCUAUGUAGUGGAUCCAUUUGCUGGGACUAUGUUUUGUCUGUCUACUUGGUUCCCUGCAUGCUGCAUAUUCUUCAUUAAUUUUUGCUUUUGAAUGACAAAUUGAUUUUACUCACUUUGGCAUUGGAAAUGAGCGUUUGGCGUCAUUGGCCAGGAGGCCCCUUAUGGGGCAGGUCCGCUCGCCUUGGUGCAGGUCUUAUUACAUUCGAUGCCACAUUGGGGGACCUGCGCACUGGAUGGGGAUGAAAUGAUGAUGAAGACAACACAACACCCAGUCCCUGAGCUGAGAAAAUCCCCGACCCAGCCAGGAAUCGAACCUGGACUCCUUAGGACGGCAGUCCGUCACGCUGACCAUUCAGCCAUUGGACGGACACUUUGGCUCUGAACUAUCAUUUGUAACAAAAAUAAUUGGCAAGUUGUUGAAUUAAUUUAGUAAUAAAGGAUCUAUUUUAGAAUUAGGGUGCUCUGAAGUUACUGCAAGAAAAGAAUUACCUUUGGAAUCCUCAGAAAUAAAAUGGUAGUAAAGAACUACAUCUGAAAAAUUGGUUCCAAAAUCAUUAUCUCCAUCGUAGUGUCAUGUUCACUUGUGGCCAAUGAAACCUUCCUGAAAAAGUGGUAAUUAUUUUUGAUGUUGUUCACAACCUUUAAUAAAACAUCUGUCAGUGUUAGCAUUUAUGGCUGGAUACCAAGCAUAAAACAAUUUAUUUUAUAUACCUGCAAUUCCAUUUGUCCCACGUUCUCAUAAUUUGUUCCUUCUGGUGGUGCUGUUUUCACAGCCCUUGGUAGAUCUCAAAGCAAUUUUCCAAAGUGUACUAUUUAAUUUACAAAUUAUAGCCUACAAAUAUCAAAGUAAUUGUUUAUUUUGUGUUGACUAUAUGCACUGCUUGCCAGUAUUUACUUUAGAAUUUUUCUUCAAAGCUAGCUACACAUUUCUUCCUUCUAGUCAUAAUCCUAUUGUAAUGAACAGCAAAGACCACUGCUAUAUUGAUCAUCCACAUUAUCACUUAUAGAUUAAAAUCUUUCUGCAUGUAUAAAUAGCUAAGAAAUUGUGUAUUGAAAUGUACAGACAAAAAUUAAGUGCACUCACAACUUAUUUCCCACAGUCAACAAAAUGAUAGAAACUUAAUUCCAAAAAUGGGGACUUAAUUUAUUUUCCCAGUAAGUAGAGAACCCUUAAUUAUUAAAAUUAAUAACCCACUUCUCACAUUUUUGGACUUAACGAAUUUUUAUUGUAAGCCCAUGAUACCACCAUCUUCUUGAUAUCUGUUGGAUGCUGUGUAAGUGGAACAAUGAUCAUCUCAUGUUCUCUGUUCUAAUGCGGUGUGAACUUGACAAUUCAAUUACGGGCCACAUAAUAUGCUGCUGCCAGGAUUCACUACAUAAGAUUAUUUACACCAAAGGUACAAAACUUUUGACUGAAAUACUAAAUGUCAUUUAAUGUGAUACAUUUUGAAGAUGACUGGAAUUUGAUUUUGAGAAGCAAACUUAAUAAUGUUGCAUAUCUUUCCCGCGAACUUCGAAAAUAGCUAAAAUAUUCAAUAACAGAAAAGCUUAUUUAUUACUUUUCAUACAGACUGCUCUUCUAUGAUUCGAAAUUUCUGUUCUCUGUGUGCUGGUUUAAAAUUUGUGCAUUGGCAGUGGACUGAAAAGAAGUUCAAAAUUUUAAAGUAAAUAAUUGUAAUAAAAAUUUCCAUGCAAUAACUCAGUCUUUAGUUUACCAAUUGUGGAUAGUCUUGACUCACUGUAACUGCUUCACAGCCAACGCAUGUGAGGUCUUCACUUUCCUGUGAGAUUGUGUUUUUCAUUCCACCAGUAAACAUAUGCCUCUUCACCUUUUUCACAGUUUUGGCCGAUAUUAUACUGUAGUAACCUCGUACUUAAUUUUGAUAUAGUAGGCCCACAGAUUUUUACCGACAAAUUAAUUUGCGGAAGUGUCUUGGGGACAGCUUCUUCAUUUGUCCAUAGUCUCCAAUCCACUGUUGGCAUUUUGUUUCACCCUUUCUUCACAUAUUUUAAUUCUACGUGCAGACUGCUGUGUUGUUUUCAGUGUUGAAGCUCUCUCUUGGUGAGAAUGCUUUACAGCAAGUAUCUCUCAGGCAAUGCCUAUCUUGAAUGUUUCAUAACAGCGCACACUCCACCAAAGAAGGAAAAUUUCGUCCUGAAUGUCUGUUUUCCUUGGCAAAAGGUAUACUUUUCUCCCCGUAACCUCAAAAUAUUUCACUUCCUCAAAACUGGCAUCAAUACAAUGAGCUCAGUGCACAAAAAAUGUCUUAUUUACUUGCAGAAUGUAUAGUUCCAACAAUAAAUAACAAUUUUUGCUUUCAAUUAGCAGCAAUACCUAAGCUUAUCCAAUUAACAGCAAACGAUACUGUUAAAGUGAAUCACUAAUGAAAACAAUUCAGCUUUGAAAUUAAGUCAAUAUUAUGAAAAGGAUAGUCCUUUUCACAAAUUGUCAUGUUUACAUCGUGGAUUUUACAUUUUUUGAGCUUGGAAAUUACAUCAUAGUUUUCAUUACAGUCACAAUAUGAACCAAAAAAGUCUGUAGAAAAUGCAAUAUCGUGUUUCGUAAUAUUGCUACAAAACAAGACCAAAUAUUAUGCUUGAAGUAUUAUUACCCUGCAUAAAAUUAUAAAUGUAGUAUGUUGUACUGUAAUAAUUUGGCCAUGUCUAUGCAUUACUUCCACUUCUGUAUUCUGUGACUGAGAUACUUGUUUGAGUUGUAGUAAUGCUUUCUACUUCUUGCAUUUAGUACCCAUUCUCCUCAAAGUAACUCUCAAUAGGAUGUUGGAAGAACCAAGAGACUUGGUCUGCAAGGACAAACACUGUAUAUUUUUGCAUGGAUAAGUCAUGUGCUCAAUAAUUCUUAUUCUUGUGCUUUCUGUUUUAAAGUUGUUUUGUGUGACUUCAUUCUUUGAUAAUUAAAUGGUAAUACUUCCUCCAACCCUUUCAUCUAUUCCUUAUCAAGGACAGAAUAUUUCUUUUCCUUGUCUUUGUUCUUUUUCAGCCAGCUAGUGAUCGUGUGACCAUUCCAGUUCUUUCUCAAUUGCUCUUUUCUUUUGCUAAGGUAUUAUGGUUUGUCUUUUGCCAUGUUUCUUUUUUCAUUCUUCGGGCACAUCGUACUUGUUCUCUCACCGUUUCUGCCUUGGAAGCCUUCUAAAUUCAACACUUUUCUUCUAAUAAUCUCUUUCUGUUUGUUAUGUUGUGUGUUUCUAAAUAUUUUUCAACUUUUCAGAUCUAGCUUGUUCAUUUCUUGUUUUGCAUAUUUGUUUUGACCCACCCGGAUAGCCAAAUGCAUUAAAGCAUCCGCUCCCAGGACACAGAGUGGCCUGCAGGCUGUGGACUGAAUCAGCCUUGGGGAUUGAUAACAGGUUUACAGACAGCCUGGUAUGGUUUUAGGUAAUUUUCCACAUCCACUUAGGUAAUUAUCAGAUUGGUAUCCAGGUUCUACCUCAGUUGCACAGUAUGCAAAUACUGUGCAAAAUGAUGUCACAUUUGACACACAGACUCUGCCCCAGGGAGGAACUGGCAAAAGCUUUGAAAUGCCUUUCAGAGAGGUGAUCUCAUUGUAAUAAUAGCCUAUAUAUAGAUACGGUUCUCCAUGAAAUUGAGGAAUCGUCAUACCAGUCCCGACUCUGCAUUGGCUGGAUAUAGGGCACCGGACUUGAUGGGUGGACUUGAGUAUUUGUUUUUCAGCCUGUUGUCAUUCAUUGUGUAUAUAUGUCCAAAAAAUUCUUUCCCUUAUUGUUUCUGUUGUUUUGUUUCCCUUUUCUCUAUUAUACAUUCUAUUUGUGACAAGUUCUAGCCGCUUUCAGAAUUACUUUUCUCCGUGAAUGUAAUGUAUUUGUUUUCUUUUUCCCAAUGUUGUAAACCAAAGGAAUCUGUGGAUUGGAAUCACAGCAUUCCUAUAAAAUUUUGUUAGUGAAUAUUGCUCUCCCAUAACCUGAUAAAUAGAUAUUUUUCCCUGUAUGUUUGUCUUUUCGUAUAGGUAGAUCGUGUGCUUGAUGAUACUACUGAACAAAAUAUAUUUCUCUUGUGUCUUUUGUGUUAUCAUUGUUCACUACUUGAUCAUUUUUCUUAUUACCUUGAAUUUUAACAUUUUUAGCCAAGGCCCUUGGCCCCGAUAUGGUAGCAACUGGUUUGUAACUUUAUGAUAGUUCUAGGCAGUUCCUUUCCAGUAUUGUUCACUAUUUAUACUGUCCAGUUUUCCAAUGCUGUAACAUUUCAGGUCAAGGCGUUUUUUUUUACAGCUACAUCAAAGUAUCUUUUAAUGAUUGGGAAACGUAAUAUUUUAUUUUGUAAUAUUAGUUUCUUUUUUAACCUCUGAUGUUAGUAAUCUAACAUGACUGAAAUGUAAGAUUAUUUUAACCAGGACCAUUGAUGAUGUGGAUACAAAGAAAGUGUGCAUAUACAAUAGAGUAAGAUUGAAUUAGUGUUGGUGGUGGUGGUGGUGAUGAUGGCAACAACGACAACGAUGUCACAAAAAAAGAGAUAAAUAAUCUGAUCCAAUCUGCUGUUGAUUUUACAGUAGUAUAGCUAAUAGACAAAACAUAGUUUUGGAAGUAACUAAGCAUUUUUGUUACUGUCUAUGGUUAAAUUUUGUUGCAUACAUAAAUUAAUCUACUAAAUGACAAAUGGCUCUCAUAUUUCAAAAUUUGUAGUUAUAAGGUAUCUAGAUGAUAUGUUGUAAAUCAUUAAUAUCUUUAUUUUCAUGUGUACUAUUGUUAGGAACUUACAAAUAAUUUUGUGUUUCUUUCUGAGUAUUUUAACAUGUAAUUAUCAAAACUUUUAUUCAUAUAAUAUGUAAUUUUGCAGAUUUAUCUGUCCUGUGAACUCAGGACUAGACCUGCAUUCUUUUAUUGUUGUGACAAUAAGUUGUUUGUAGUAACGUGACUGCUAUGUGAGACAUGUACAGAACUCUCAAGUCAAAUGAAGCCUGUUUUUAGCAUGUAUAUUGUGGUCGUGUUUGUUGAAUAAUGUAAACAUUAUAUAUACAUAUAUAUAUUUUUGCAGAUAAAACUUUUUUCUCCUAUAUUUAACUUUACUGGUAUUUCACUUUGUUGUAUAUAUGUAAGCACUAUAUUGUUUAAUGCUGAAGUUUGUUGUUAUUUCCUUGUGUUGGUGGUCCCUAUUAAUUUAAAAUUUUGACAGACACAUUAGAUACAGUAUUAAUUCGGAACUGUUCAAACUAACUGUGACUGACUGUACGCAUAGAUGUGCCACAUGAUUGAGUGUUGUUUAUAGUGGUAUUUCUCCAGUAAAUUGAAUUAUUUAUUUAUACAACAGAUAGUACUUAAUGGAAAUCUGGAUGCAACACAUGCAAUAUUUUGGAAUUAAAUAUUCCUUUUUAAAAAAA